UACAUAUUGAAGGGGAACAACACUCCUUACAAAGACAGCCAGUCUGCUGGCUUCAGGGAUUCAUAAUUCACAGCAGAGAUAGAUCUUUCCCCCUGUCCCUUCAGCAGUCAUGGAAGCUGCACCUCUUACGCUGGCGCAUACCCAUGCUCGCAAUGCAGUGCUCGAGACUCGGAAGUCCAAUCCUGUAGCAGCCAGUGAGGAACAUGAUCUGGCAGCAGGAGAGUUUGCCACAGCUGCUCAGAACAGCACGGAUCUGGAAGCCUUACGCACUCUUCAGCUCCUCGAGAGCCACCACAAAAAGCUUGCUCAGAUCCUUCGGUUCCAGCAUGAACACCCGACUGCAACAGCUACGGAAGCGGCCUCGACAGGCUCCCCCAUGCUCGGCACGCCACCGCCGACGGCAGAGCCCGUGGGAGUCAAGACCCCUGCACCGCAGGAUGCUCAGUAUCAGCAUCCUCCACGGCUGGCAGGGGCCCUUCGUGUGCCGGCCCGGGAGACCUCGUCUAUUGCCAGUAAUCUCGCGUCAGCACGAGGGAUCCCGGCUCAGCCGCGGCGCUCAUCGCCUGCUUCGCCGGCUCUGUCCUCUCAGCAAGCUGGCGCAAAGAUGACUGAGGGGCCAUCACAGCUGAAAAUGGGGGAGGCCAGACUGCGCGGUGCGCAGGGUCACGGAGGAAAAGACCGCACAGCUCGUGUGUCUACCCAGAACCAACCCUGGUCCCCGCCGGCGGUCAGCCCUACCGACGUCACCUCGCGACAGAUCAUUCCUCCGAAUGUUGUCGACUCACCACAGCCCAAGAGACAGUCCUCGGUUGCGGACGAGUCGUUCCAGCGUUUUUAUUCAACCUUUGAAGGGUUGAUUUCAAAGAUCUCGGCUCCCUUGGCGUUUGCGGGCCUCCCCCUCGGCUCGGACCAGGCAAGCGAACAAGCAGCAUCCAUCCGUCGAAAGUCAGCUGCUGAAACCAAGGUUGACCGGCACCAUGCUGUUCUCGACCGGUCUGGCUCACUGGCCGAGCCAGAUGUGAACAAACUCUUCUCCCGGGCUGCCCUACGAGCCAUUCGAGAUACGACUGGGAGCGUGACCGGAAAUACCGCCGAGUCAUUCUACGUCGUGCCUACCACUGGUGGGACGGUUUCUUAUGCAGGGAUACUAACCCGGGCGGAAAAGGAAGCGCGCAGGGGCAGUCUAGACGAAGCCGAGGACGAUUUUGUUGACGCACGGGAGACACCAGCAUCGCCGGAUAUGCGCCAGAGCGCCUCUAGCUCGAGGCGUAGACCAGGUCGUGGUGUAGAGAAGAUGACAACCCUUCAGAAUACCAAGACUUUGGAAGAGUUACAGAUGGAGAACCAAGCACUGAAACAUCUCUCGGACACGCUGUCAAAGCGGUUGCACAUGUGGGAAGUCAACGCCCAGUCCUCCUCGAUGGCUCUACAGCAGUCUCUCAAGGCAAUGCAUCACCAGCGCGCUGCUUCUCCUGAGCAAGUUGCUGGGUAUACAUCUGCACCUCCUUCGACUACUCCUGCUCCUGCUCCCCUUCCUAGUGGUCCAUCCUCCGCUGCCGAGACGGACACACGUAUCAAGGAACUCGAGGAGAUUGUCCGACGUGGAGAGAAAGAGCUUGAUAAAGUCGGCCGUGAGAACGAAAAACUCAGGACUGUCCUCGGGCGAUACAGAGAGCGCUGGGAAAAGCUUAAAGAGGGCGCCAAGACGAGGCGUGCGGAAGGCAAAGCUACAGAGAGCAAGGGUUCUACGGCGCCUCUUGAGCCUGGAACCUCUGACACGACGGAGAACUCUCGUAAAGAGUAUGACGCGAAUACGGCGAUUGACAAUGCCCAAUCCAACCAGGCAGAAGGCGAUGCCGAAACUGAGGAGGGAAGUCCUGGAGACCCAGCCGUUGAUCCUUCUAUGGGUAUAUGAAUCAAAACUGCCAAAUUCAAUACUCUAUAUAGUCUCUCAAUAGCAUCCCGACUCCAGAGUAGCUCUACUUGUAGUUUAUUCGGGUGUCUACAAAGUGUCAUACAAUAUCUAUAUAAAGCGGAAUAAACAGG